AUGGUAAGUAAGCAGGAUAACUAUUUUAAUAUGAGAUUUGCAAAUUAUAUUUAUGAUGACAAAAGAGCUAAAAUAGAAAGCAGUGAAGCAUGCAAAAACGAUAAAAAAAUUAAAUUUGCCGUUGAAAUGUCCGUGAAUGAAGUUGUUUAUUCUUGCAUCACUUUGUUAACUAAACAAUCAGUGCCCUUGUCAUAUUUUGAUAGUGAGCCAUUUAAUACAUUAACAAACCCAAUAUUUGAUGGUCUACAUAUUCCAAAAAUAAACUCAAGAAAUAUUUUACACCAUUUGAAAGAUCAAUGUGAUAAGUUAAAAAAUAAUAUAAGAAAUUUAACAAAAAAUAAAAUACUUUGCUUAAAAAUGGAUACAACUACUCGCCACGAUCGGGCUAUUUUGGGUGUAAAUGUGCAAAUAAUCACAUCCAAUAAACUUGAAAUAUUCACACUAGCCACGCUUAAAUUAAAGCAGAAACAUACUGCGCAAUAUUUAACCACUAAAAUUGAAAACGUUUUGAAAAGUUUCAAUAUAGAUAAUGCGCAAGUUUAUGCAGUAACCACCAAAACUUAUAAGCCUCUCGCAGUUUAUGUUUUACCUGAUACAUUAUCCAUGAUAUUUUCAUAA